AAAGUCAGAGCAAGAGCACAGAGCAAAGCACUUACCUACCUCUACCACCACACACCACCAUACGUUCGGGGCCGCUGCAGUAUACGGAAACCCCACAAAACGAAAACCAGCAAAAAGCAAAAGCAAUCGGAAUGAAUCAAAACUAAUUACCUCAAUAUUCUCUUCCAGUGGCUCCUCCAGCUACAGCUCCAGCCCCAGCAAGACUACAGCCAGCGCCAUCAGCCAUACAAUCAACCCGAAGCCAAAGCCAUCCAUUCAUUCAGUUUCAGUCAGAUUUCAGUUUUCAGAUACUACCUGAAGACUUCGCCGCAGUUCCGUGCUUCAGUUUAGUUUUGUGAAGAAUUCGCUUCGGUGCAUUUAGUUUGUUGAUGAACCUCGUAGUUGUCGUUGGUGAAAUACAAUUUUUAAAAAAAUCCGAUAUCAGAGUGAAAAGUUUUCGAUGAAUUCAGGACUUUUGAAAUUCAAAAAUUUCGUUCGAUAUAUUUUGUAUGUUUAAUAAUAAACCUUAAUUAAGUCACAGUUUAAUUAAAGUAAUUUACUUUUUUAUGUUAAAUAAAAUAAAAAAGAAAACUUAAAAAUUAUAAAAUAUUAAACUCAUCGAUAUUUUAUGUACCAAGUAUCUAUGUACAUACAUCGAGUUGUGAUUUAAAUCCGAUUAAAUUUCAAUUCUCAGUGCUCAGUGGUUGUAACGGAUAAAAUAGAUAUACGCAAUCGAAGGGUAAUUAAAAAUCCAUAAAUUAUAAAGAUAUAGGAGCAAUUCACAACCAGAUUACUACGAGCAAGACAUUGAAAUACCUGAUACACCUGAUAUCUGAUAUACCAUACCAUUAACUGUAAAAUUCAAAAUCUAUGACGUAAAGUUGAGACUUUGAAGUGCGUGCAAAGAGAUGAUGACAUCAUCGCCGUCGCCAUCCCCAUUACCAUUAUUAAUUGGAAAUAAAGUUAACGGUAACCUACUGACCGAUAAAACCAACCCCAACCCCAUCGGUGAACACCUGCGUUCCCUUCACCAUCAGAAGAACGCUGGCGAGGCCACCACGAAUUUGUCGACGCCAUUAGUUGUCAAAACGGCAACGUCACAACUGACGCCACCGUUAUCGCCAGCCAAGUCACAGCAGAAUUCAAAAAUUCCAUAUCCUCUAUCAAUCCUAGCCGGAGAACCAAAGCUCUUCCACAGGAACGGCGGCGGCGGUGGCUGUAGUGGUGGUGGCUCAUUGCGAUUGCGUGGAACGAAGAGUAAUUUACAAAUUCCAUCACGUUCACGCGGUCGUGGAAUCAUGGAACACAUUGCUACCCCAAUUGUAGAGGGCUGCGGACGAUUGUAUAAUGGAACAGCACUUGCAGAUGGUGUUAACCAUACUGGCAUCACCCACACCGGUUUCAGUUUCCGCAGGAAGGUUCAUUCGACGCGUUCACCAUCACCGGUCACUAUAAUCGAGCCAGGAAGCAAGUCAAUUGCUAAAGCUAGUGAAAAAGUGGAUCAAAACAGUUGCACUUCCUCAUCAUCAUCAUCAACAUCAUCGUCAUUAUCAUUAUCUGGGGAUGUAAAUGUGAAAAAGGACGAAAUUGUUAAUAAUUUCAAAGGAAAACUUAAUAAAAAUAGUGGAAAUAUGGAGCAAACAACAAAUGGGGUUGGUUGUAGCAAUGGCAGCGACGAAACAGGAAAUGGAUAUUCACCAUCAUCGGUAGACCCGGAAGAAAAAACAUUAGAUGACAUUACAAUAGCUAAAAAACGGGAUCUUAACAAGAUGUCUUUAAAUCUUAACGGACCGUCAGCGAAUGCAAACAAGUGUGUGUCCUCAUCAUUAUCAUCAACAUCGAAGACUGGAACCCCAACUAGCCGAACACCAAAGACGCCAAUUUUGUCAAGAACCCCACUCUCAACUGUGCCCGAAUCGAAGCUAACACCCAAGACACCACCAGUGACCCCAGACUCGCCAAGCACAUAUCUCGAUGAUGAUUUAGACUCACUGUAUAGUUUCGCAACAACGACAUCCGGCCGUUCGACAAUGUCCUGCGAGCAUCCUUAUGUAGCAAGGAAUGGUACAACCUUUAGCGGGCGAAAGAUGAAGUAUGUCGUGCAUUGUUCAAACUAUGCAGGACAGAUUGGUGAAGACUAUUUGACUCCGACGCAACGUGCCCAGCGCCAAAUCCGUCGGUUGAAAGAACUCUUAUGUUCAGCUCGCCAUGAUCUGGAACAAAAAGAUACCGAAAUUCUUCGUUUAACCCGGGAAGUAGUCGAACUGAGAUUGUUCAAGGCUUCCCUUUCAUCACCAGAAGAUCGUUCCAAUUCCAGUGACGCGGUUACCGUCCGUGAGGCAGAUCUGAAGACGUCCCAAGAUGUUUCACCUAUUGUCGAUAUGGUCGAUGAAGGAGCCGCCGUCAAAUCCAGCCCUAGGCACAUUCCACACAACCAACACGGUGUUCAACAUCAUCAUAUUUGCCAAUCGGAAAUGCAAAGCUCCUACGCUGACUCGGGGCAUUUUGAAGAUCUGACCACAUCUUCGGUUCACUCUAAAGAUUCAUCGUCAUUUGCCCAUCAUCAUACACAUGAUAUUGCAUGUGGCAGUGAUGAGCCAAGUAGCUAUGAAGAGCAACGCCAGGAGUUGAUAAAGCUUUACGAAGAACGUAUUGAGGAGCUUAUCAAGACACAAGACUCAAGCACUAGUGAUCUUAAAAGAACUCACAAUGAUAGAGUAGAGGCAUUGUUGCAGAAAUUGGCCGAAUGCAAUACCCGCUAUGCAGAUAUUGUGCCUGAUUAUGAACAUGCCAAGGAGCGAAUUCGGGAAUUGGAGAAGCAAUUGGAAGAUUUGCAGCGUAAGCUGGUCGAACAGGAUGACAAACAAAAUAAGAUGUACUUGCAUAUGUACACACAAGGACAGGAGGCAGAGAGAAUAGCUCGAGCUGAUCAUGCACUGGAAUUGGCGCACAGAGCUCCAAAUAAAGUUUCCAUAACAGAACUGUUGCAUCAACUCCAAAGUACACAAGAUGAAUUGGAAAACAUUCGCGCAGCAGAAUGUAGAACACAAUGCGGCAGUAAUCAUGCUCUCCUUACUGCAAAAGAGGCUAUUUCUUUGUGGGUACUUGGCGCGAGGAAGACAAUUUAUCGUCGUCUUUUGGAUGCGCAGAAGAACAAAACUCAUGUUGAUCCAGAAGUAACCCUUCAGUUCCUCAAAAGUGCUGUCUAUUAUUUUUUGACUGACAAGGAGAACUCACAGGGUCAUCUCAAGGCGAUCGAAAGUAUUUUGGAAUUUACUGAGGCCGAAAAGCAAAAUAUCACCAAAGCUAGAGUUUCAAAAUAAAAUACCUAAAACGAGUUUCAAAAUGAAUAUGAAAUAAUAAAUAAAAUAAUUAUUCAUAAACUACUAAAAAAUGAAUAAAAGGUAAAAGAAAAAUACUUACAUAAGUUCUAAAGGAAAAAAUACGAGUACCUAGCCUCUAAUGUUAAUAAUUUAAGCAGACAAAGAAACAUAUGAUUAUAAAUUUAAAAUAAAUUUAACAUUAUUAUUUUAUUUGUUUUAUAAAAUAAUUUCUUGUCGAUUUAUUUUAGCUUUUGUAACUAAUUAUAAAAUUUAUAUAUUUGUUGUGUUGUUAAUUUAUGUGUAAAAAAUAUGCUUAUUUUUUUAUGAAAACGAAGUUUUAAAAAAACUAAUUUUUAUUUUUUUAUAAAAUAUUUUAUUUAUUUUCUGUGAGACUUUAUAUUUAUAGUUACAAAAAUAUUAUAUGUAUGUAACGUUUUAUUUACAACUUAUGGCUGAAAAUAAACGUCCAAAGAUACGACAUUGUGAUUAAGGUAGAAAAGAAUAAAACAAAAUAUAUUAAUGCUUGAUAUUACAAUAUUACGUAGUAGGUAUAUAUUUUAGGAGCUAUUAACUUGAAUUGUUUAUUUCAAAAAUAAAAUUCAAACAAAAUAAUCUUCAUAGAGAAUAAAAUAUGGCCAAUACAAUUUUGUUUUUAUGAUUUUUUAUCAAAAUUCUAAGAAAACUAAUACAAAAUAUUCACAAAAAAAUACAAUGUAGCUCUAAGUUUAACUUAAUAGUGCCUAAAUUCAAGCUAAAUACAUUAAUUAUGAUGGAAUAAUUUGGAUAAACAAAAAUUGUAGUGAAAAGUUGCAAAUAUUCUUUAUUAUUAGAAUAAAUUUAUCAAACUAAAACAUAAAACACAAGACGUACCUUUAACGACAUAAAGUUAUUGCAUGUUCUUAAAUUUAAAGCAAAAUUAUACUAGAUUCUAUUUAAGAUAUUGGAACUUAGAGCACUUGAGCCUAAAAUAAAAAUAAGCUUUGAGGAAAUUAUUAUUCCUUCGAGUUAGGAUAUGGAUUGUAAAAUUGUAAAAGAAACGAAUAUGGAUGAUGGAAGAAGCAAUAAUGGAAAUAAAUUUUAAUAAAUUAACUAA